AUGGCGAGCACUCAGCCGAAGAAACUUGAGCUUCCCACAUCGAAAUCGCAUGUCUUCUACCGCGAAGCAGGAGCAGCGUCAGCCCCUGUGAUCCUCCUCCUGCACGGCUUUCCCUCAUCCUCGCACCAGUACCGCAACCUCAUCCCAAUUCUGGCCGCAAAAUACCGGGUCAUCGCGCCCGAUCUACCGGGCUUUGGCUUCACCGAGGUCUCCGAGGGGUUUGAGUACACCUUCGACGCGCUCGCCACCGUCAUCGCCGAGUUUCUCGACCGCCUCGCCAUCCGCCAGUACUCCAUCUACAUCUUCGACUACGGCGCCCCCGUCGGUCUGCGUCUGGCGCUGCAACAGCCGGCCGCCAUCCAGGCCAUCAUCACGCAGAACGGCAACGCCUACGAGGCCGGGCUGGGCGCCUUCUGGGACCAGAUCCGGGCACUCUGGACCAGCGACAACGACGGGGCCGUCCGAGAAAAACUCGCGACCGGCCUGCUGACUCUCGCCGCCACCAAAUGGCAGUACGAGGAGGGGACUGCCGUGGACCGAGUCGUGGCGCCCGAGUCCUACUCGCUGGAUUAUGCCCUGCUCCAGCGUCCGGGCAACGCGGACAUCCAGCUGGAUCUGUUCUAUGACUACCGCACAAAUCUGCCGCUAUACCCGGAGUUCCACCGGUACUUUCGCGCGUCGCAGGUGCCGCUGCUGGCAGUCUGGGGGAAGUAUGAUCAGAUCUUUGUGCCGGCGGGAGCCGAGGCGUUCAAGGCCGACUUGCCCGAGGCGGAGGUGCAUCUGUUGGAUGCGGGGCACUUUGCGGUGGAGACGGAGACGGCGGAGAUUGGGGAGUUGAUCCUUGACUUUUUGGCAAGGAAGGGGAUCUAA